AUGCCUCCUUUUAAGCAAGUCGACGUUUUCACUACUAAGAGAUACAAAGGUAAUCCUGUUGCUGUCUUUUUUGAGGCAGACGACUUGUCCAGUGAACAGAUGGCUCAGAUGUCAAGCUGGACCAACUUAUCUGAGGCUACUUUUGUUCUCAAGCCUACAAAUAAGGAUGCCGAUUAUAAGCUUCGUAUUUUUGCCCUCGAGCAUGAAUUGCCUUUUGCUGGUCAUCCUACCAUUGGCACUUGCCAUGCACUUCUUGAAGCCGGUUUAAUUGAACCUAAAGAUGGCAAAAUCUACCAAGAGUGUGCUGCUGGUUUGGUUGAACUUACCGUUGAAGAUGGCCGCAUCAAGUUCCAGCUCCCAUACGCUAAGCAAUUGCGUACCCCUGGCGAUAUCACCGCUGUUACCAAGCAUCUUUUCCAAGACGAGAUCAAGAGCACUUCUCCAGAAGCAAUCCUCUUCGAUGUGGGUCCACACUGGCUCACUCUUAGGCUUGACAGUGCGGAGACUGUUCUUCUGCUUAAGCCAAACCAGGCUGGUUUAAAGCAACUUUCAGAGGCAUGGGGGAUUACUGGAGUGCAAGCAUUGGGUCCACACAAGGCUGAGAAUACCUACGAAUUGAGAACCUUCUGCCCUGCUGUUGGCUGCGACGAGGACCCUGUGUGUGGUUCUGGAUCGGGUGCUGCUGGUGCAUUUUUGGCUGCUAGCGGCGAGCUCAAGGGUACUAUUAACAUCAUUCAAGGUACAAACCUCAAACGUGAAGGCAAAGUCACAGUUACGAACGAGGAUAAGGUGACUGUGGGUGGCCCUGCUAUCACCACCCUUGAGGGAACAUGGAAGCCAUAG